AUGUUCAUUCCCGCCAGCCUCGUCGUCAUUCCUUUCGUAUUGCUGGGUGCAAACCUUCCGUGGGCAGAUGCACAGAGUACAGAUGCGACAUGCAGAUUAGCAUCCUUGCAAUGGGCUCAAAACUCUGCAAAACAGAGUCCGUGCGCGGUUGCCUCUUCGCUUCGAGGCGUUUGCACUGGGGGCUCCUACACUGUUCAGUCUCUCCCGCCAGGGUCUGUCUAUCUCGGUCCAUCCAUUGACACAGCAAACGGGUGUGAAUGUAGCACAGUCACCUAUUCGUUAAUGAGUGCUUGCGCUCUUUGCCAAAACGGAACGGUCGCGACCUGGAAAGAAUGGUCAGCGAACUGUCGGACUGUCUCAUUAAGCACGUUCCCUUCGUCUAUACCAUCAAAUGUUCUCGUUCCUGGAUGGGCAUACCUUGAUGUCAAGACAAACGACAUCUUCAAUCCUGAAGACGCGAAAGCACACGCCAAUGAACCGGAGUCCAGUGCUCUCCCUAUACCCACCUCCUCCAGUAGCACAAGCUUUAGUAUACCCACCACCUCAGCCCUAUCACAAACUGACUCAGAUUCCUCCAAAUCUCCCAGAGACUCACGCAGAGAUAUGAUCGUAGGCGCUGUUGUCGGCAGCAUACUUGGUUUCCUUUUCCUAGUGGGUUGCGUGCUUUACCUAUGUCAUUUCAGAAGGCGCAAUACCCUCAGGAGAGAGGCUAGUACGGAUUCUCUUCCUCCGAACUCGCCGACGUCCGUGUCUUCGGUUGAAAAAGAGUCAGUUGGUCCUUGA